AUGGGCAAGAGUAAAAGCACCGGAAAGACAAGGCUGGACAAGUACUACAGCCUUGCAAAGGAAAAGGGAUACAGGGCAAGGUCUGCAUUCAAGCUUCUCCAGAUGAACAGGAAGUAUGGAUUUCUUGAGGAUGCACAUGUGCUUAUCGACUUGUGUGCAGCUCCCGGGUCAUGGUCGCAGGUGGCCGCCCAGGAGAUGCCUCUGAGGAGAAAGAUAGUUGCCAUUGACCUUGAGCCGAUAAAGUUCAUUGGAGACGUCGACACCAUUGUCGAGGACAUAACCACGGACGAAUGCAGACUUAAGCUGCGGGAAAUACUUGGGACACACAAGGCAGAUGUUGUGCUUCACGACGGAGCGCCGAAUGUCGGGACUUCAUGGGAAAAUGAUGCAUUCAACCAGAACCUGCUUGUGCUGCACUCUGCAAGGCUUGCUGCCGAGUUCCUCAGAAAGGGCGGGGUGUUUGUCACAAAGGUGUUCCGGUCUCAGGACUACUUUUCUCUGCUCAAUGUUUUGUCGCAGCUUUUUGGGAGUGUCGAGACGUCGAAGCCUCUUAGCUCCAGAAGCCAGAGUGCAGAGAUUUUCCUUGUCUGCCUUGGAUUUAUUGGGGAGGAGGAUGUUGAUUAUUCGAUACUCGAAGCCUCUGCUGUAUUUGAAGAGAUGAAAGGUGCUGGAGGAUAUGAUGACUUCAACUUUCACAAGACGCUGAAGCUGACAGAGUUUCUGAGGGAGGAUGACCCUGUGGUCCUGUCUGAGAUGCUUUUGAAGUAUUCUGAGAUUGAGAUUGAUAUAGACCCUGGAGAUGUGUGCAAGGUCCUGGAGCCUGAGUUUUUGGAUCUGUUUAAGGAUCUCCAGCUGCUGGGGAAAGGAGACAUUAGGAAGAUACUGAGGAAGAGAAGUAAGAUUGUUAAGGGGGUGCAGAGAGGGGAGAUUGAUGUUGCCGAGCUAGCCUUCCUUAGGAACAGCAGCGACGUGCCCGAGACUGAAAUGAAGGCGAAGAGUGUCGAGGAGAAGAUAGAGGAGAUCCAGAUGCUGCUUGAGAAGAAGAGGAAGAAAGAAAGCAGAGGGGAUAGAAUGGCAAAGAGCGGGAAGGAAAUUGGAUGCUUUUUCAAGGACAGUAUUUUCGACAGACUGAAGAUGGUGGGAGAAGAUGAGGAAGUAGGGAAGGAGAAUGAGCAGACGAUUGAGGUCAGCAGUUGCUCCGACAGCCUAGACCUUGAUGAGGAGGAGAUGAUGUGCGUUGCAAAGCUUAAGGAGAACCGCGAGGAGUUUAUUGAGGAUACCAUUGACAGAUAUGCUCGUGAUCCCAACGAAAAGCUUCCAAACUAUCUUCGCGAGGACCAGGAAGCCUUUUACUCGAGGCCCCCAAAGAACGAGGAAAGAAGGCUUAGCAAGAAGGAGAGGGAGGCUCUUAGCAGGCGUAAAAGCAGGGCCGAAAGAAGGGCUGAGAUCUUUAUGAAGGACUUGGUGAUAGACGACUCCGAGGAGGAGGGAAAGGUGGCGAAGAAGAUUUAUAGGUCGUCCUUCAAAAAGACCAAGGCCAAGCCAAGGAUUGUGUUCCCGAAGAAGGGGACCUGCGGAGUUCCACAUGGGAAGGGCAAGCUCGUGAUGCUGGACAAACGGCUGAAGAAGGACAAGAGGGGAAGAAAGGCCUGA